AUGGCCUCCCAGCAGCCUAGAGCGCCCGGGAAAUGGGAUCUUAGGGGGGACGGCGGGGUUGGGGGAGCAGCCUCGCUCCCCGUGGACCCUCGAGCAACCCGGGCACUUCCUGUCCCCCUUGCUGGGUGCACAUGGUUUGUGGGCGUACAUCCCGAGUGGGGCCCCUCGGCUGUUUGCCUCUCCCGGGUGGAUUUGCCCCGCCUCUUCCCCGCCCCACGUCGGUGUCCUGGGGGCGGUAGCGGCGGCGGGGCCUCCUCCCGUGGGGUCUGCGCCCUUCUCCCCGCGUGUCCUACAGCUGGAGGGGGAGGCACGCCCAAGCCAGGGGCAGUGGAGUGGCAGCCCUUGGGGCCGUCCGACCCCGCCAGGCCAAACUUGUUCCCUGCGGUGAAGGUGGAGCCCGAGGGGCUGGCCCAGGAGUUGCAGCCUGGAGGAGCAGAGGGUGGUGAGGACAAGCCAUGGAAUUGGCAGACAGCAUUGAAGCAUGUAAUUGUAGACGACAAUGAUCUGCUUUCUCAAGCAGAGGAAAAACCGGACAUACUAAACGAAUAUGGAAACUCUUUCAGUCUGAAUCAAGAGACAACUUUAGAACAGAGAAUCUUCGAUCCUAACAGUCAUCUCUUCCUCCAUGCAGAAGAAAAAUCAAGCCUGCUUAAUGAAUAUGAGGACUUUUUCAAUAGCCAGAAUUCAGCCUUCAUUGGAUUUAAUGUAUUCCAAACUAAUGAGGCAUCCUAUGGAUGUCAGGGUGGAGAACACUUAGUUUCCAUGUCCCACCUCCCUCAGCCCCAGAGCAUUCACAGUGGGUCAGGCCGCUAUGUAUGUUAUGAGUGUGGGAAAAGGUUUACCCGAAGCUAUCACCUCAUCCGACAUCAGGUUAUCCAUAGUGGAGAGAGACCGUUUCUAUGUAAUGAGUGUGGGAAGGCCUUCAAGAGGAAAUCGACCCUCACUGAGCACCAGAGAAUCCACACCGGAGAGAGACCUUAUAGAUGUAACAAAUGUGGGAGAGCUUUCCAUCAAAGCCAAGAUCUCUUGGAGCAUCAGCCAGUUCACACUGCUGAGAAACCUUUCAAAUGUGAGGAGUGUGGAAAGGCGUUUAGUACCAGUUCAAGCCUCCUUCAGCAUCAGCUCAUCCACACGGGAGAAAAGCCCUACCAAUGUGGUGAAUGUGGGAAAGCCUUCAGAAAUAGCUCAAGCCUCCUUCGGCAUCAGUUCAUCCAUACAGGAGGAGAGCUCUACAAAUGUGAUGAAUGUGGAAAAACUUUGAGUAAUCGCUCAAGCCUGUUCCAGCAUCUAAAAAUCCAUUCUGGAGAGAAGCCCUAUCAUUGUAGUGAGUGUGGGAAAGGUUUCAUUCGUAAUUCAUACCUUAUUGAACAUCAGAGGAUUCACACGGGAGAAAAACCCUAUGCAUGUAAGGAGUGUGGGAAGACCUUCCGACGUUCCUGGUACCUCACAGAACAUCAGAGAAUUCAUAUAGGAGAAAAGCCCUUUGGCUGUAGUGAAUGUGGUAUGGCCUUUGGGCGCAAGUCGCGGCUUCUGGACCAUCAGAGAAUCCACACUGGAGAAAAACCUUAUGAAUGUGAAAAAUGUAUGAAGAGUUUUAGCCACCGUUCACAACUUCUUGAACAUAUGAGAACUCAUACUGGAGAGAAACCUUAUGAGUGCAAUAAAUGUGGGAAAUCAUUUACUAGAAAUUCUGGCUUUAUACGGCAUCAGAAGAUCCACACUGGGGAGAGACCCUAUGAGUGUACCCAGUGUGGCAAGUGUUUUAGCAAUAGUUCAUUUCUUAUUGAGCAUGAAAGAAUCCAUACCACAGAGAAACCUUACAAAUGUGAUGAAUGUGGGAAAGCUUUCUGUAAGAAAUCGUACCUCACUGGACAUCAAAUCACUCACACCAAAGAGAAACCCUAUGAAUGUAAUGAAUGUGGGAAAUCCUACAACCGACGUUUCCGUCUAAUCGAACACCAGAGAAUUCACACUGGAGAGAAACCUUAUGAAUGCGGUGAAUGUGGGCGAUCAUUUAGUAGAAGUGCACUUCUAAUUGGACAUCAGAUCAUUCACACCAAAGAAAAGCCCUACAUAUGUAAUCAGUGUGGGAAAGCUUUUAGUCUGAGAAAGCAUCUCGUUCAACAUCAGAGUAUCCAUAAUGAUGAAAAACCCUAUGAAUGCAAUGAAUGUGGGAAAGCCUUUAGGCAUAAAUCUACAUUUCGUGACCAUCAGAAAGUUCACACUGGUGAUAAACCAUGUAAAUGUAAUGAGUGUGGAAAAUCCUUCAAUCGGACUUUUCAUCUAAUUGAACACCAACGGACUCAUACUAAGGAGAAACCUUAUGAAUGUAGUGAGUGUGGGAAGUGUUUCAGUCGAAGCUCAGUCUUUACUCAGCACCAGAAAAUUCAUAGUGAAGAUCACAAACCCUUUGAAUGUAAUGAGUGUGGGAAGUCUUUCACUCGAAAUUCAGUCUUUAUUAAACACCAGAAAAUUCACACUAAAGAGAACAAACCCAAUGAAUGUGAGAAAUCAUUCAGCCAAAAUUCAGCCUAUAUUCAACAGCAGGAAAUGCAUAUUAAUGAAAAUCUAGAUUAAUGAUGAUUUGUUUUAUGGGAUAUCACAACAUUUUCAAUAUUGAAUAUUAUACUUGGAAAAGUGGUGAUAGUGAGGAAAACCUUUGUCAGACCUCAAGCUUGAUUCAACACAGAUGUGUUUAAUAGGGAGUAAACCAGGGAUACUGAUGGUGGAAAUUUAAAUUAUAAUUAAAUUUAUCACAGACUGCUAUCUCUUGGAGAGUAGUCUGUCCUUUGAGGGCAGUUCUGUGGAAUCAAAAAUACAGAGAAUUCCCACUAGACUGGUUACAGCCUUAAUAGUAGUUGGGUUUUUUUUUUUUGGGGGGGGGGUAAGGUUGAAUAUACUAACAGCAAGCUUUGUGACCAAGUCCCCCCUUCUGGGAAGGAGUUGACCCCAUUUUCUGUAUGCCACAUGAGCUAACAUUCAGUUGUAUAAAUUAUGUUAAUCCAGAAAGGUAGAAACACCAGCUUGGCAAAAGCUUAAAUACAGGGGAUACUGCUAUCUAUAAAAGAAGUUAAAUUACUGCCUUUUACUUUUUUCACCCCUGAGCAAUGAUAGAUCAUCUUCCCCUGCUUUCAUCCCUGUGGAAUCCUCUUUACAAUAAAGACAGUCAAACAAA